AUUUGAAUAGUCGCUAGAGGGUGCACACUGCACAGACAGACGGCAUUAUGAAUAGGAUGCAUUAUUCUCCGAUACUGGGCGGUGUUAGCCGUUGAAAUUGGAUGUUGGCUAGUUGGCAGUCGGCUUAAAGCAUCAAAGUGGAAGUUAAACUCAAUUGUCCCUGCUUAGGAAUGGAAAACAAGGUAUAAUGGACUCCAACAGUGAAGACGGAGAGUACCAAAAUGAUCAUGGCUUACAGCAGGAUGCAGCCCAGUACAGAGUGACCUAUCCUCAUGGGGCAAACACAAAAGAUGUGGAUGACAAUAAAAAUGAGGAGUUUAACAAAAAGAGGUACCCAGUGAGCCGCUCUGGCAACAACCCCAGCAGGGUGAAGCGUGUGGUGUCGUGUAAGAGAAAGACGCAUCAUCUGACAGUGACUCGGAGGAAGCAGCUCGGGACUGGGAAGACUUAUGAUGCUGCAAACAAGGAGAAUGAGAUGAACUGUGUGCAGGAUGUGCAACAAGAAAUAUUUGACAUGGACCCCUGGGAGUUUCCACUAAAUGUCAAUACAAACCACAAGGCUGGUAAAACUGGUUCUGAACAAGCAGACUGCUGUACACUCACUGAGCUCACAAAGGAUCACAGCACAAUGACUGAUGUGCUCUUUGGAAGAAAUCUGAGGCUGAAAGUAUCUUUAACACUGUGGCAGAGAAAUGUUGGAGAGCUGUUGACGUACUUUCUGAGAAUUCAAGACAUUGGUGUGUUUGUUGAUUUUCUCCCCCUGAUAAGCAAAAGCAUUGAGCAGGCUUCUCCAAGGAUCACCAUUGGCUGUUGUGUUGACCUCUUUCCUUUAGUUAGGAAGGUUCUCACCAAAUCGUAUGAAGAGUAUCUUAUAGUUGGUUUAAAAUGGAUCAAUUCUGUUUUGAAAAACUGGUGGGAGGAACUAAGAGCAAGUGGCUAUAGUGGAUCAACUAAACUUACAACGGACAAAAAUUUCCAGGCCUUUAAUCAGCAGUUAUUGGAGUUAUGGUAUCAGGAACCUUUGCUGAAAUCUGUUCCAGGACCUGCUGGAGACAUGGCAAAGGUCAUUGACUCCUUCCUUUCUCAACUUACCUGAUGACAUCAGAGAAACAGUAAAACCCUUAGAUUGGAGCUGCUAUUGUUUCCUUUUAGCGUGUACUGUACCCGUCCUGCAGAGAUAUCUGUAGAGAGAUGUGUAUUUAUUAGCUGGCAGACAGGGUUGGGUAGUUAUGGAUUAUAUGUAACCGGGAUUAUGUCAAUCAGAAUACAUGCUAUAUAUUAUUUUAUUUUUUUUGUCAACCCAGAUUACAUUUGACGAAAUGUGCAAUUAGAUUAUAGUUACAUUGUCAUGGAUGACAACUUUAAACAUCCCAGUUGUUAUAUAUAUUUUUUUCAUGAUAGCCAAUGCUUUUAACUCAUGUAAUGCACACCUGAAAUGUUUUUUUUUUUGUUUCUUUUUAUUGAUUAUUUAUGGAUAAUGAAGUUUUUAUCCCUUGUUAUUUCCUUUGAAAAUGUUUUGAGAUGUUUGAAUAAAUGUUAAAGGUGCAAUAUUUUCAACGUUUGACACCCCACCAUGUAGUUUGUAAUCUGACCCAACCCUGCUGCAGAUAAACUUGAAUAAUUGAAAUACUGAGAAUGUAUAAUACAAUUUUAAUUGUGUGGCAAAUUUGACUUGAUUGUCGUUCAACGAACCAAGUAGGAAUUGUAUUAUUGUGCAUUUUCAGUUAUGUUUCAUGCAUGUGUCUUUUCUCUUAUAUUGCAUUAUCGAUGAUGAAUAAAGUUUGUUUUUUUAUUUUAAA